CUCCGGCAUUUGGGCGGCUUGUCUUCCCUGCCCGCCAGAGUCGCGGCCCCUGGGACCAGGGCGAGGCCGGAACCUCGGCCGAGAGCACCUCCCCGCUAUCAUCUGUCCCCAAACUUUCCCUCAAUCGAGGCGCCGGCGGGCCGGCCCGGCGGCCGGAAGUGCACCCUGCUCGGGCUUUGAGCCCCCGGCAGCUUCCUCCGCCCGCGAGGGCCCCGCGCCUUCCCAUUUUCCCAACCGGCAAACUGAGCCUCGGCCACUCGGCCCACUUGCCCGUCGGAAGUCAGGCCGUCGCCUCCGGAGCAAGGAGGACAGGGGCAACCCUUGGAACCAGGGUUGGAAAAGGCCGCUGGUUAGCGGGCCCUUUGCCCGAGGGGGUGGACCUCUUCCCGCUCCCCUGCCCCUUCCCGCAGCCUUCUUCCCCUCCCGAGGACAGGCCUAGGGGGUGCAAAUGCCAGGGCUUCCGUUAGGUCCCCUUGGUCUAGGGCUGCAGGGGUCGGGGGACGAAAACGUGUAGACGGGGCCACCCGUCUAUGGCUUCCAGGGAGGCAGCGGCCCUGGCCACGUGAUUGAGGGGCCCAGUGCAAAAUGAAGAUGCCAGGCCGCUUGUUGUUAAGUUUUUGAGAAUUUCACACGCUAACAGCAGAGUAUUCAACCCGGUGCGGGGUCCCUGACUUGCGUGCAGGACUGUAGUCUGGGUAAGGGGCUGGGACCCUCCAUCACAAAGGGCGAUUUUUCAUCGUCAGUGUCAUUUGCCUUCUUCAGGGCUUCCAGAUGGAUCUUCGUCACCCUAGGAUUGCUCACCAUCCUCAAGCUUGAAAACCCACCUGUAAUCAUUUGCGGGGGGGGGGGGUGGGGGGGGGCAUCUUUAAGCACCCAGGUGAAUUUGGUCUGCAGGCAGCAGCUGUCCUUUUCGCUGGAUCUUCUGCUGAGGUCGGUAGGUUGAUAAAGUGAUACUGAUUUUGUGGCAGGAACUCCUUUCAGCCAACUCCUGUCUUCCUGGGAAGGCCUCUGGAAGAAACCAGGUGGGUGCAGGGAACACUAAGGUGGGGGUCACGAUCUGGAUGUUCGUCUUGAUUUGGCCACUCAUGAGCUGGGUACUCGAGCUAGUCAGUUCACCUCCGGUCUCAGUCUCCUCCUUUGUAAAUACAAGGGUUGGACUAAACACGUUCACUUUCACCUGUGGGUCUCAAUGUUAUACCCAUCUUCCAGGUAGGAAAACGUAGGCAGUUAUCUGCCAUGUAAUUCCCCCCACCCACAGCCCCCACUCCCCGCCCAGAAAUAGAAGCAGGCCAGCUAGUGGCGUGGGUUUUUCUAGUACCCGUUUGCCGAUGUCCUCAGUUAGCUCCCUUCAUAUUCAUCAUGGGGCCCCCUUCUAGUCUGCUUUUUUGGUGACACGUUUUCAGAGGCCUCUCGAGCGCUUGAUGCCUGGAUUGUGGGCCACGAGAUGACCAGAGUGGCCAGCCACCAGCCGGAGGAUACAUUCGUGAGAGCUCCACGUUUCCUACUAGUCAGUGAGCCUCAGGACUCCUGGGAAGCCUGAUAGUAUAUCAGAAAGAAUCUUGUAGUUGCCUGUGGCAGAAGAUCCAACCCAAAUUGAGCAAAACCAGUUUCAAACGAAUCUGGUUUGAAACUUCCAAAGAAUCUACCUCUUGAAGAUUACAAAUGAGACUGGGAAACCCUCUUCAAUAAGACCUGUGUGAUGAUAGAUUGUGUCCUGAGCCCGCAGGUCAGGCUGAAAGAGUCAACAACCAGCAAAGUGAAGAUCUAGGAGUCUGUUCCCCUUGAACCUGUGUGGACCUGAUCAAACCUCAAGGGAAAGGCUGGGAGAACACAUCCCUGGUCAGCUGUAGGAAAGCCAGAGAGCAUUUGAGAAGAGGCUGAAGCUUGAAUUUUGCAAACACACAAGCCCUCUGCAUUUCCCCAGAGAGAAGGUUUUUUUCUCGUCUUCAUUUCCUUUGAAACACCUGGGGUGAGGAAAAACCUCUACAUUGGCCAAGCAGAAGAAACAGAGUCUAUGACUGAAGAGGAUCGGCUAAGAGUGGUUCCUCGCAGCUUAAAGGGAGGCACUUUUCACACUCUGUCUUAAAAUCAGAAGUUGAAUUCAUGAACACAUAUGAUUUAGAUAGAAGUCAUGGGAUGCAGCAGUUCUUCAACGAAAACCAGGAGAUCUGAGACAUCGCUGAGAGCUGCGUUGAUCAUCCAGAACUGGUACCGAGGUUACAAAGCUCGACUGAAGGCCAGACAACACUAUGCCCUCACCAUCUUCCAGUCCAUCGAAUAUGCUGAUGAACAAGGCCAAAUGCAGUUAUCCACCUUCUUUUCCUUCAUGUUGGAAAACUACACACAUAUACAUAAGGAAGAGCUAGAAUUAAGAAAUCAAUCUCUUGAAAGCCAACAGGACAUGAGAGAUAGACGGGAUUAUGUGGACUUGAUAGAUGUCCCAGACUCCUAUAAUGGUCCUCGGCUACAAUUUCCUCUCACUUGUACUGAUAUUGAUUUACUUCUUGAGGCCUUCAAGGAACAACAGAUACUUCAUGCCCAUUAUGUCUUAGAGGUGCUAUUUGAAACCAAGAAAGUCCUGAAGCAAAUGCCGAAUUUCACUCACAUACAAACUUCUCCCUCCAAAGAGGUAACAAUCUGUGGUGAUUUGCAUGGGAAACUGGAUGAUCUUUUUUUGAUCUUCUACAAGAAUGGUCUCCCUUCAGAGAGGAACCCGUAUGUUUUUAAUGGUGACUUUGUAGAUCGAGGAAGGAAUUCCAUAGAGAUCCUAAUGAUCCUGUGUGUGAGUUUUCUUGUCUACCCCAAUGACCUGCACUUGAACAGAGGGAACCAUGAAGAUUUUAUGAUGAAUCUGAGGUAUGGCUUCACGAAAGAAAUUUUGCAUAAAUAUAAGCUACAUGGAAAAAGAAUCUUACAAAUCUUGGAAGAACUCUAUGCCUGGCUCCCGAUCGGUACAAUCGUUGACAAUGAAAUCCUGGUCAUCCAUGGUGGGAUAUCAGAGACCACAGACUUGAAUUUACUCCAUCGUGUAGAGAGGAACAAAAUGAAAUCUGUGCUGAUACCGCCAACGGAAACAAACAGAGACCAUGACACUGACUGGAAGCACAAUAAAGUAGGUGUGACUUUUAAUGCACAUGGAAGAAUCAAAACAAAUGGAUCUCCUAUUGAACACUUAACAAAGCAUGAAUGGGAACAGAUUAUUGAUAUUCUGUGGAGUGAUCCCAGAGGCAAAAAUGGCUGUUUUCCAAAUACGGGCCGAGGAGGGGGCUGCUAUUUUGGACCAGAUGUUACUUCCAAGAUUCUUAAUAAAUACCAGUUGAAGAUGCUCAUCAGGUCUCAUGAAUGUAAGCCCGAAGGUUAUGAAAUCUGUCAUGAUGGGAAGGUUGUGACUAUAUUUUCUGCUUCUAAUUAUUAUGAAGAAGGCAGCAAUCGAGGAGCUUACAUCAAACUAUGUUCUGGUACAACUCCUCGAUUUUUCCAGUACCAAGUAACUAAAGCAACGUGCUUUCAGCCUCUUCGCCAAAGAGUGCAUACUAUGGAAAACAGCGCCAUUAAGAUAUUAAGAGAGAGAGUGAUUUCACGAAAAAGUGACCUUAUUCGUGCUUUCCAACUUCAAGACCACAGAAAAUCAGGAAAACUUUCUGUGAGCCAGUGGGCUUUUUGCAUGGAGAACAUUUUGGGGCUGAACUUACCAUGGAGAUCCCUGAGUUCGAAUCUGGUAAACAUAGACCAAAAUGGAAACGUUGAAUACAUGUCCAGCUUCCACAAUAUCCACAUUGAAAAACCUGUACAAGAGGCUCAUUCUACUCUAGUUGAAACUCUGUACAGAUACCGAUCUGACCUGGAAAUCAUAUUUAAUGCCAUUGACACUGAUCACUCAGGCCUGAUCUCCAUGGAAGAAUUUCGUGCCAUGUGGAAACUUUUUAGUUCUCACUACAAUGUUCUUAUUGAUGAUUCCCAAGUCAAUAAGCUUGCCAACAUAAUGGACUUGAACAAAGAUGGAAGCAUUGACUUUAAUGAGUUUUUAAAGGCUUUCUAUGUAGUGCAUAGGUAUGAGGACUUGAUGAAACCUGAUGUCACCAACCUUGGCUAAACACAAAUGAGGGCUUCCCUCAGGCUCCCUGUAAACAGCUAGGCCCAAAUCACAAGUACAGUCCUUUCCAACACCCCUGAAGUUCACAGUCAGUAGCAAAGAAAAGCAGAUCCCAAUUCAUCCCACAAACAGAUGCAUAGUAUAGGUUUUGGAAGUCCCUAGCAAGCUGUUAUUGGUAAGAUUAGGUUAAAUGUCAGUAAUAGGAUUUGGUUUCAGCAUUAGUACCUACAUAUUGCCAGCGAGAAACUGGGUUUGAACCUAGUGGUGUUCUCCUGAGUGCCACCUAACCAGGAGGCCAGAGCGGUUUGAAAACAUCCUGAAAGGAACUCACACAGCACAAGAGAAAACUGCUAAGCACGACAUCUGUGAGUGACUGAGGGAGACAGGAGGAAUACCAGGUUAUUCAUGGAAUAAAGUCUUUCCAUCUUUAAA